GCCCGCGGGGCCCCGAGCAGCAGCGGCGGCGGCAUCAUGGGCAAGAAGAAGGCGGCGGCGGCGGCGGGGCUGGGCCGGGCGCUGAUGCGGGAGCGCAGCGGGGGCCGCGGGGGCCGCCGGGCGGCGGAGGGAUGGGUGAGUGGCGGGAGGGGGCUCUCGCCCCGCCCGGCAGGGGCUCGACUAGAUGGCCCUGGGGGGCCCUUUCCAGCUCUGGAGGGUCUGUGACUCCCUGCGAGGUGGGCUGGGCCUGCCCCGGGUCGGGCUGCGGCAGAGGUAGAGUGCGCCUGAGCAGGGAGGCUCCGCUGGGUGUGAUCGCCCACCUCCCGGAAGCUCCCCUGCACUAGGAGCCUGAGAAAGUCAAAGGCCAUACAAAGUCUGUGUAAAAGAACGUGGUCAAAACGUGAAUCGGUUGGCAGGUAUUGAUUGAGCUUCUGUAUGCAAAUAGGGUAAUUUUAUAAAAUAUGAAGUAAGUUAAAUAAUAUGGAGAAAAUAAAGUGAGGUGCGUAUUCAAGAAAUCCAAUUGGAGAGCAUAAUGGGAAGAUCGGCGGUCAUGUCAGAAAUAGCUACAGCAUGAUGUACAAAGCAAAUACAGUAUCAAUUUAGGAACAAAUGAUUGUUUAUUUGGUAUUCUUUGUUUUGCUUUUAACAAUUACUGCUUAUUUCUUUUAUACAAUGUUUCAAAUAAUAAAAGAGAAAGUCCCUCUCCCCCCUUCCCUUCCCUUCCUCCUGCUCCCUGCAGCUCAGCCAUGAGGAGUGGAGGCUUGAGGAGGAGGAGGUGGGGAUGCGAGCCCUGCUUGCCCCCCUCACCCCCUGCCACUCCCAGGCCCCCUUUUCUGCUCUUGGGCCACGUGCAUGCAGACUGCCCCAGGCUCAGCCCCCAGCAGCAUCUCCAGGUGUGUGGGGGGAAUCAACUGCCCCCCCCAUCUGAAACACUGAAGAGCUGCUGCUGCUGCCACCCCUUCGCAGUGGGAGGCAGCUUCCCGUGUCUGGACAGCAGCUAAAGCAGAACCUCCUCGUGUCAAGGCAGCACUGGAGAACAGGCGGCGGUAGCCAUCUUGCCCUGCCCAGAAGCUUCCUGGAAACAUCUGGCCAGGUGUUUCUGGUAACAUGAUGCUGGCCUAGGUGGGCCCUGCAGCUGGCCUGGCAAGGGGGUUCAAAUGCUCUGCUCUUCCCUCACAGCUGCACACCAGCGAAUUGAACGACGGGUACGACUGGGGACGGCUAAACCUUCAGUCCAUCACCGAGCAGAACUCGCUGGAGGAGUUCUUGGCUACCGCUGAGCUGGCAGGAACCGAAUUUGUGGCAGGUGAGUCCUUGGCGAGGAUGUUCCUGUGUUCCAUAUCCUGACACUUGUGCUGCUCUUGACAGCUUCUGUUGCUCUGCAGAGAAGCUGAACAUCAAGAUUGUUCCUCCUGAGGCUCGGACUGGUUUGUUGACGAUGGAAGAGACCCGGAAGAUCCAAGAGUUGCAUGAGCAGAACAAGCACUUCUUGUGCAUCCCGAGAAGGUGAGUGUCGCAGAGUUCAGGGUGCUGGUGACCUUUCACAUUCUGUGCUGCCACCCACAUCCCCUGUGUUAUUUGCAGCCUGAGGGUGCUGCCGGUUUAGUAGCAUUUCUGUGCCACAUAAAACAUGAGAGUGGAAAGGCCAAGAGCCAGAGAGACACAACCUGUAGUGUGGCUGUAAUGGCAAGAGAUCUCUCUAGUUUGAAAAUGGUGUUUGCGGUCAAAGCUGUAAAAGAGAACAUAAUAUUCAUAGCUUUUGAUAUUUCUGUGCUAAUGAGCAGAGUAUGGAAAAUAUGAGCUUGACCGCUUACUACAAGAAAGUAAAAUGUGGCUUGCUAAGCUAAGCUCAGGCUUGGUGGGAUGACUCCUGUGAUUGGGAUGUAGGAAUUGAAUCCUGUGACCUGAUCAAAAAGAAUGGAUGCAAUAGAAAGGGAAACAAGGAAAGAGUGACUUACCGUAAUUAUCAUUUGUUUGUUUAUUACCAACCCUUCACUCUUCGGUUGCAGGGUGGGAUACAGCUUUAUAAACAAUAUUAAAAACAACUUAAAACAAUAGAAAUAUAAGAUGUGUCCUUACAUGCACCUGUACAGACUUCUGAGAGAGUGAACAUGAUAGUUCUGUGGAGAGCAGUUGGCUCAAUAUAGAAGCAAAAGAAAAAAUACACAAAGAAUAUUAUGUCUGGAGCCUACCACAGACCAAACUAGGGUGUGUGUGUGUGUGUGUGUGUGUGUGUGUUGCUGCUGUCCUGAAACAAACUGCAGAUGCUUUAGGGAAGCAAGAAUUUAUGGUACCGUGGAAUUUCACUAUCCUGAUAUCCGCUGGGAGGCAAGCUCUGCAAAGCAUGAAAUCUCUUUCCCUCCACCCCCCCCAUACUAAUAAAACCCAUAAUCUGCCUUUGCUGAUGACUUCCCCUGUGUCUGGUGAGAGCAGGCCACGUUGGGACAAGCGGACCAGUCCUGAGAUGCUGAACCAAGCAGAAAGAGACAGCUUCCUGGAGUGGAGGAGGCGGCUCGCCCGGUAAGUGCCCCCUGCUGCUGCUUCCUCUUGCGGGGCCUGGGCCUCUGGGGGCUUUCAUUUUCCCUGGCACCACCUGGGAGCACAACAUCUCAGGUUUCUUUCUGUCGAGGAUUUUCACAGGGUGGAGCCAUGCGACAGUGUGGGCAGGGAUCAAGAAGCCCACCGGGGCAGCAGCAAUAUUCAGCGGACGGUUCAGUACGCCUCCCUCUCAAAUGCUGUUGCCUCAGUUAGAAAGCUGUUAGUCCGGAUCAGAAGCCUGUGACCUGUGGAAUCAUCCUGGCCUCUAACACUCUCCUGCUUCCUCCUUUCCCGCCUUCCAUUCCAGGCUGGAGGAAGAACAGAAACUCAUUUUGACCCCAUUUGAGCGGAAUCUGGAUUUUUGGCGUCAGCUGUGGCGAGUCCUUGAAAGAAGGUAAAGCUGGUCCUUGCCCUGUGGCUCUUCCUCGCUGGGAAGCCGCUUGCUGGUGGUGGGAAUGGGUUGGAAUCCUGUUCCAGAGACAUGGGAAAAGGUUAAAGAAUAUUGGGAAAUGAUUUAUAGUGAGUUGAAAAGCAUGUUUAAAACAACAUUCCCAAAAGGUCCAGAGGCCUUUCUGUUAUGAAUAGUUCCCAGAUGUCAGAAAAAAUUAUGUAUGCAACAAUGGCGGCUUGAGUUUGUUAGCCCAAAGAUGGAAAGUGAGGCAGAGGUCCCAAAUACGGAGGACUGGCAGCUUGAGAUGAUAGAAUUUGCAGAAUGAGCAGGUUUAAAAUAUAGAAUAAGAGAGCAUGAAAAACAUCUCUUUAGAGAGCCAGUGUGGUGUAGUGGUUAAGAGCGGUAGUCUUGUAAUCUGGUGAACUGGGUUCGAUUCCCCGCUCCUCCACAUGCAGCUGCUGGGUGACCUUGGGCCAGUCACACUUCUCUGAAGUCUCUCAGCCCCACUCACCUCACAGAGUGUUUGUUGUGGGGGAGGAAGGGAAAGGAGAAUGUUAGCCACUUUGAGACUCCUUAAAGGGAGUGAAAGGUGGGAUAUCAAAUCCAAACUCUUCUUCUUUUUCUUCUCUUUAAAGAGGUGUGGCAAAUCUUUGCCGAGUACUUGGAAAAUAACUGUGCACAGCUAAAGACGCUGGCAGCAUUAAGAUAAAUUCAACAGUGUGGUUAAUGUUUGAAUGAAGUAAGUUGGAGAAUUGACUAAAAUGGUUACAGUAAAAUAUGCAGGAAUGAUGGAUAAAUAAAAUGAACCAUGGAAGGAGGAGGAGAUAAGUCACUGGAUAUAUGGUAUUACCGUAUGUAAAAUGUUUCAUUUGAGAUGUAUAAAUUGAAAAUUUAAUUUAAAAAACUAUUAAAAAGAAAAAGAAUCUUGUUCCAGAGGCCUCAGUGUGAAGGCAGCCAAGAUGCCUUCUGGCCGCAAAAGCCCUUGCCAGUGCCUGAAUUGCUGGAGCUGGGAUUCCCCCAUCUGAAUAGCUACAUGCUAUUAUUGCAAUGGUUGCCUCUCCAGCCUGGGCUCCUCCUCCCUGAUUGAGGUGAGGGGGGAGCUAGUGGCCAGUGAAGCAGCCGCCCCUUCCCUUUCCUCUUGCAGUGAUAUUGUGGUUCAGAUUGUGGAUGCCAGAAACCCCCUUCUCUUCCGAUGCCGCGAUCUGGUAGGUGAAGCGGGCCGGGGAGCGGGAUUUACUGGGCAGCUGCUCAGGGUGGGGGGUUGUCCUGUUCCCUGCUCAGUUGGGCCCUUGCUCUGUGCUGCAGCUCCCAGGCUAGAUCGCCGAUGGCAUCUCUCGGGAGGGCUGGGAGAGAGUCCCUUGCCUGGAAGCCUGGAGAGCUGCUGCUGCCAGUCAGUGCGGGCAAUACUGAGUUAGAUGGACCGGGGUGUGACUCAGGAUAAGGCAGCUUCCUAUGUUGCUGUGUGCCAAGCAAACCCAGACUCUGCCCAGAGUCUUCUGGAGCACAGGAGGCUGUUUUAUCUGGGUGAGACCCUUGGUCCAUCUAGUGUCUACACUGGCUGGCAGCAGCGGCUCUUCCAGGCAGUCCCAGCCCUUAUACUGAAGGAGAUGGUUGGGACCUGGGUUGCAAAGCCAGUGCUCUGUCUCUGAGCUCCUGUCCUUCCCCAGCAUCUGGGGGUAGGGGAAGGUGAGCAUUCUGGACCUGAGAAGCCCAUCUAGUCCAGCCCCUCUUCCCACCCCAGGAAAGGAGAAUCUUCCAAACACCCUUAAAUAGCGCAAAGCACCCUCCAGGGUGGACAGAGGGGCCUGCCUGUCAAUCGCCGCACGUCCCAAGGAUGCCCAGCCAGCCGCUUUGGCCUGCCACUCUGCACGGGCAUUCCCUGCCUCUCCCAUGGGCCCAGUUGUUGUGGAGUGUGGGGCGGGUGGGGCUUGGCCAUGCAGGGAGGCCUCAGGAGGCCCCUGGGAUGGAGGUCGCCCAUUGCAGGGAGAGAGGACCCUCCCAGCCCCAGGGUUCUUCUCCCUCUGCUUUUCUUCACUGAGUCUGGCGGGUGAUUCUUCUGCCUCCCUGCCUUGCCUCUCCGCCCAGGAAUGCUACGCCAAAGAGAUCAGCCCCGAGAAGGAGAACCUCCUGCUGCUCAACAAGGCCGACCUGCUGAGUGAGGAGCAGCGCUGCGCCUGGGCCCGCUUCUUCCAGGACGAAGGGGUCCGCGUGGUCUUCUGGUCUGCCCUGGAGGAGGCCAGGCGCCUGGCGGAGGACAGCUCUCAGGUAGCAGACGCCUCGGGGGCAGGCGGCCGGGGUGAGGGAGCAGCUUCCACAGGGGCAGCGCUCAAGGCUUUGGCUUUUCAGAACGUUCCUUUUUCUAAAGAACCUUCCUGCCCCUGGGCACGCAGGAUCCUUUCCUUGCAAAUACUCCCAGGAUCAAAACACUUUCUGUGCAAGAGAAGUGCUCAGGCUCGUAGAAAGCUCCCUAGACGUCCUGCAACACAAGAGAAGCUCAGCCUUCCAUGGGGUAUAAGCAGUAGGGUUCCACUUUAACCUCCAUGGGGCAUAAGCGGUGAGCCGGUUCUGUCACAGUCGGCCUCCAGCCCAGCGUCCAGAAGAUCUGGAGGGCACCAGGAUGGGGGAGGUGGCUCUGUAGCCCCCCGUUCUUCUCCCUUCCAAGCUGGGCUUCAUGUACCUGUGGAUUUUCCUUUGGCCUCUACAGGGAGGUGAUCAGGCAGGCAUUAGUUGGUAUUUCAUAGAAUCAUAGAGUUAGAAGAGAGGGAUCCCAGGAACCAUCCUGUCCAGCCCCCUGCAAUGCAGAAAUCUCAGCUGAAGCACGCCUGACAGAUGGGAACCUCAGCUCUGCUGAAAAACCUCCAGUGGAGGAAAGUCCACCGCCUCCCAAGGGAGACUGUUCCACUGUCAUAUGGCUCUUACCACCAGAAAGUUCUUCCUGAUGUUGAGUCAGAAUCUCCUUUUUUGCCGUUUGAAUCCAUUGAUUCGGGUCCCACCCUCUGGAGCAGCAGGAAACAAGCUAGCUCCACCUUCCGGGUAACAGCCAUUCUGUGUUUUGUGCUUCUGCAUUCCAAAUGUUUAGUUCUGAUAGCCAGCCUUUUUGCUGCCACUGCAAGAGGUGCGAUUCCAGACUUGUCAGGGGCGGCUGUGUUCUGCUGAGCUGCAGGCAGAGGCACCUGCCCUGAAUCCUGUCCCAUUUGCUCAGGGGUCAGAAGCUGCGCAAGAGCCAGGCCUGGACGAGGACCAUUCCAGCGAGGAGGAGAUGCAGACCUCAAGUCGCCACGUGGAAAGGGGACCUGGCGCUCUCUCUUGGCCUCCUGGGAACAAAGAGCGCGGCAGCAGCGAAGAGGAAGACAGCGAUGUCUAUGAGGACUGUGCGGAAGAGGAGGAGGAGGAGGAGGACGCCUGGCUGACCUGCUCUGAAGACGAGGAGAGCAGAGCCCCUGUUGGGUCCGUGGGGCAAAGCAGGACUGAUUCCCCCCAGAGCCAGAGGGCAGCAGGACCCCCUCAGGGCCAGCCGCUCAGGAACAGCAGCCGCUUAGUGCAAAGGGAGGAACUCCUGGAGAUCCUGAGGACGGUUCACUCCGGGAGGAAGGUCAGGGAAGGCGAAGUCACUGUUGGGCUGGUGAGUUGGGGGACCGACUUGGAGCAGGGCUGCUUGUCCCUCCUCUGGUGCUGCAGGGAGGAGCCGGUGCGCCAGGCCUGCCUCUGUGCCAGCCACUUCCUCCCUUCCUCUCCCUAGGUGGGCUACCCCAACGUCGGGAAGAGUUCGACCAUCAACACCAUCCUGGGCAAGAAGAAGGUCUCUGUGUCGGCCACGCCGGGCCACACCAAGCACUUCCAGGUACUGCCUGGCUGACUGGCUGUGGAGGGUAUGGCUGCUGCUGCUGCUGCCAGGCCGGGAGGGGCAGCGGUGAGGGCUGGAUCAGUCCUGCUUCCAUGGGAGGAAGUUCUCUGCACCUGCCAGGGCAGCUCCCCCGCCUUCGGGGAAAUUCCAGCUGUGGCAGAGUAGACGUGGCCCCAGCUGCCUCUUUGGCCCCAGCCCCAUAGACCUCCCCAUCUCCUAGGAGCAGGUUAGGAGGGCAGUGGGUGGGGUUGGGGUGGGCCCCAGAGUCUCUGCUCUUGCCUUCUUCCUGGAUUCCUGCGCUUGUGCCUCCUCCUGCAAGGGGUACUGAGUCCUGCCGGCCUCUCAUCCUGGCCUUGCCCUCCUUGCUUGCUGCCAAGGCACCUUCCAAUUUCUGAUUUUACCUUAAGGAAGCAGAGCAGGAGCUGGAGGGGGGGCCAAGGAGAGCCUGCAGGGAGUGGCGGGCGCAGCAUGGGAGUCGGGCCAGGAGCUUCCGGCAGCCCCCGCUGCUCUCGCCCUGCUUGGCGCUGGUCCUCCAUAGCUACCUGCUCUGGGCUAUAGGGAGCUGGUACCUGAGGGGAGCCGGAGCUGAGCGCCUCUGCUGUUCCCGCCCCCCUAUAGACACUGUACGUGGAUCCGGCCCUCUGCCUCUGCGACUGCCCUGGCCUGGUGAUGCCCUCCUUCGUCUCCACCAAGGCGGAAAUGAUCUGCAGCGGGAUUUUGCCCAUCGACCAGAUGAGGGACCACGUUCCCCCCGUCUCUCUCAUAUCCUUUGCUUUUUUCUGGGGGUGGGUGGGAAUAAACUCAGUCAGUUCUCCAUCUGCAGAGCAGCCAAGGCUGGCCAGGGGUCCUCGGCUUCAGCCCUGCCCCAGACAGGAGUUGGCUAUAUUGGGGUGGGGGCUUUCUAGUCGCCUUGAGUUCCCCUCAGUUGCCUUUGGGUAGCUUUGCCGGGAAGGGCAGGGUUCCAGGGCAGCAGAUGGGCCGCUGCACCUGCUCCACCUCACAGAGACAGGGCAUCUCCUGAUUCACUGCUGUUUCAGGAAAAUGCCCCUCCAGAUGCAGCAGAGGGGCAGGGCAGAGAGGGGCAGCCUCAAUUGCAAGGAAAAGAGCUGUCUUGGGGGGUGAGGAGGGCAGCUGCCCAGGUGGGGGGCCUGGUCUCGCUCUGGGCACCCUUCUCCCCCCUCCCCACCGCUUGCUCCUUCACUGGCCCACGUCUGCCAGCGCAUCCCCCGGCCGGUCCUGGAGGCCACCUACGGGAUCAACAUCAUCCGGCCUCGAGAGGACGAGCCGCCCGAUCGGCCGCCCACGUCCGAGGAGCUGCUGACGGCCUACGGAUGUGAGUUGCCGCCCUGUGAGGGGCUGCCGCUGGGGUUUGGCUCCCUCCGAGGGGCUGCUCCUCCUUUGGCCCAGGAAGGGCUGACUUGAUUAUGGAUUUACAAAAGUAACUUCUCUAUAGCGUUGUCUCAACAAAACAUAAAACGGAACACUAAAGAUCCUGUCUGUUUGUCUACUGAGACCAGGGCCCUGCGGGAUCUGAUUUCUUUCCGCUGGGCCUAUAAGACAGAGUUGUUCCGCCUGGCCUUUGGCUUGGAAUCAAUUUGAUUCCCUCCCCCUCUUUCUUUCUUCCUUUCUCCUUCUGUGUUGGAACUCCUAUUUGGGGACUUCCCUGGCUUUUUUCUGGCCCAUGUAGUACCAGUCUGGAUAGUUAGCCGUGGUGAAGACUUGACGUUUUUAUCCCCAAAAAAGUUUUUGAGUUUCCACUGAAAUGAGGCUGCAUUUUAAUGUUUUAAUGUUGUAUUUUAUUCUUGUUUUUUAAGCUGUAUUUCAUUCAGUUGUUUUUAUAUUUGAUGUUAGCUGCCCUGAGCCCAGUCUUGGCUGGGAAGGGCGGGGUAUAAAUAAUAAUAAUAAUAAUGAUAAUAAUAAUAAUAAUAAUUACAAAGUUAAAAGUGGACAAUGGGGUGUCUUAGCUGCCUGCAUAGGCCUGGUGGAAGAGAACCCUUUUCAGCAGCGCUUAGGCAUUGGCACAGAAUCCCCUGGCGCAGAGAGCCCUUCGUCUGCCAGAGCUGCUCCGGCUCAUUUCUGUGGCAGCCUGCCCUGUCCCCUCCAUACAAACAUCAGAAGAGCCUGCAGCUGGAUCAGGCCCAAGGGGACCCGUCUCACCCAGCAGCCUCUUCUCCUGGGGGCCACCCAGAUGCCCACAUUGGGGAGCCAGGGAGCAGAACGUGAGCACAGGAGCAGCAGCAGCAGCAGCUGGUAUUCAGAAGCAUGGCUGCCUUCAGCUGUGGACGUGGCACAUAACGGCUGUGGCUCGGAGCCUUCGAUCGGCGUCUCCUCCAUGAAUUCAUCGAAUCCUCUUGUAAAGCUGUUGAAGUGGGUGGCCAUCGCUGCCUCCUGCAGCAGGGAGUUCCAGGGUUUCCCUCUGUGCUGUGUGAAGAAGGAGAUUGUUUUAUGGGUCUUGAACGGUCCUUUCAGUUUCAUGGGAUGCCCCUGAGUUCUAGUGUUAGGAGAGAGGGAAGACACCUUUUCUGUGUUCUGCAUGCCAUGCCUCAUUUUAUAGGUUUCUAUUAUGUCGCCUGAUACUUGCCUUUUCUCUAAGCUAAAAAGUUCCUUGUCUCUUUCCUCCCUUCCUUCCGCCUGGCCCAAGACAUGAGAGGCUUCAUGACGGAUCAUGGGCAACCUGAUCAGCCCCGCUCGGCCCGCUAUGUGCUGAAGGACUACGUCAGUGUAAGUGCUGGGGACUCCUGAGCCCCCGCCUCAAGGCUCUAGGGAGGAAGGGGGGCGUGCUGGAAAUGGAGUAAAUAAAUGUGUCAUGGGGGUGGGGGGCUGGAAUCCUUACCAUCUCAUGUCUUGACUUUCAUUUCUCCCUCUUCUGCUGCCUGCCUCUCCCCCAUUUUCUCACAGGGCAAGCUGCUCUACUGCCACCCGCCUCCUGGCACUGACCCCCAGGACUUCCAGUUGCGUCACGAAAGAUGCCCCUUGCAGAGCAAGGCCGGGCAGGGUGAGGCCGGGGGGCUGCCUGGCAGGAGCCCCAGAGCAAAGCAGAUCGAGAAUGUGGUGGACUCUGCCUUCUUCCACCAGGUCAGGGGCUGUGUGCAUGCAGGCGGGGGGCGGGCGGGGGACGACAAACCAGGCACCCGCUCUGCUCUGACGCCUGCUUGGGUGACGUAUAGUGCACCUGGUCAAAUCCUGCUUGGCCUCUUGGGCUGCCCCCUCCCUUCCUCUUUGCCCACACCACUUGGCCUCUUGGCUCCCCAGGUGGGCCUGUGCCCCCCAUGUCACCUGGAGGCUCCCCUUUGACACGGCCUGCCUCUUUCUCCCAGGAGAACGUCCGGGCCCUGACCAGAGGCAGCCAGUGCCUGAUGGGCAACCGAGCGGGAGGCCCCUCUUCCGCGACCGGUGCUGAGGACGCCCGAGGCAAACCCUGGAAGAAGCACGGCAACAGGAACAAGAAGGAGAAGAUCCGCCGCAUCACGAAACACCUGGAGGCUUGACUCUGUGCGCCUCUGGCCCUCUCUGGCCAGGAUCUCACCUCCACCAGAGAAGAGAGGCAAGAAGAGGCGCCCCGCCCCUGUGGCUGAGCCCGUGGGCUGGACUCCCCCCUCCCCAUGCAGGGGACUGUCCCUUGGCGGACCUGACCAAGGAGAGGCGCUCCGGUCCUGUGAGGCUCUCUGGUCAAAGUGCCUGGAAGAGGAGGAGGAGCUGCUUGGCACCCACUUCACCUCGUGGCCCAAGCCGGGAGCAGGAGGCCGUUCUCCACUUGCUGGCAAUAAAUUUUUCUUACCUUUGCCAUCA